ACGUUCGUGUACACAUCAACACUUCGCGGAACCAUAUCCAGUCUGCCACGUUGUUAAUGCUUGCCUAUUUGAUUGUUAUUGUUAUGAUAGUCGUAUCGCGCCGUUGUCGCGUGCCUACCCUUAUCUCUGGUCACAGGUCACCGCUAUAAUAGCCGGGUGCGUGGGCGUCUUGUCACAUUCCGUUUCGCUUCGCACUAAAUGCGACGACGCAGUUUUUUACACACUCUCAAAAUCAAGUGAUUAUUUUUCCCUCCAAGAUGCCGUGGACGAGCACUAACAGAAUCUAUGCGAAACCCUCGAACACCAGCGGAGGUGAAGGCCCGCUGUUGAGUCAGAGCGGGGCGAAGCCCGCACUGACGGCCGCGGCGGACAGCGGCGGCCGCUUCGAGUUCAGCGAUCACGGCUACGGCAAGGGCUCCGUCAAACUUCUCCACGUCCAUCGCGAUGGCGACUACCACACCAUCCGCGAGUUCGAAGUCUCCACGGAGCUCAAGCUCUCCUCAGAAUCUGCUUACGUUAUCGGAGACAACAAAGAAGUCGUCGCCACUGACUCCCAGAAGAACACGGUGUACCUCCUAGCCAAAAAGCAUGGAGUUAAAACACCUGAAGAAUUUGGAGCAGUGGUGGUCAACCAUUUCUUGUAUACCUACCGGCAGAUUGUUGAGGCGAGGUGCCGCGUGGUCGAGUACCCAUGGGAGAGGCUUCAAGCAGGAGCGCCCCAUAAUCACGCAUUUGUGUUUUCACCAACUGCAACUAGAUGGUCUUUAGUAUCACAAGUUCGACAUGAAGCUGUGGUGGUGAAGUCUGGUUUAAGCGGUCUGCGAGUAUUGAAGACAACCCAAUCGGCUUUCGUAGACUUUGUUCAAGACGAGUAUACCACGCUAGCAGACGCCGCUGAAAGAAUUUUCAGUACGGUAGUGGAGGCAGAGUGGACAUAUGACAGUAUGCGUUCAGCGGACUUCGACAACGCUUGGCUGACAGUCAAGGACGCCAUUCUUGACAAGUUCGCUGGGCCACCAGACGUCGGCGUCUAUUCGCCGUCGGUCCAGCACACCCUGUAUCAAGCUGAGAAAACUGUGCUGGAGAAAGUAGUUGAGAUCUCAUGGAUCAAGAUGACGAUGCCGAACAAGCAUUACCUGAACAUAGACAUGUCGAAGUUCCCUGCCAACGUGACGAAAGGCGACCCCCGACACCACAUCUACCAGCCCAUAGACAAACCCGCGGGCCUCAUUUACGCACAGCUACGGCGCAAGCCAAAAAGCCACUUGUGACGCAACGUAGACGUGUAGCGGCGUAGAGCCCGCUACGAUGCAACCUUAUCACUACUGCCUGUUGGCACGUCUGUCGUUUAACUGUUUUGCACUUGUUGCCUCUUUUGUCACACGAUAACAGUUCUGUUCCUACUUUAUAUAAGAAGGAUUAUAGUCCGACAAGAAAUCGUAGAAAAUUAUUGAGGAGGAUCCUACGUACCUGUCACAUUUUUGACGUAAAAUGCUUAACAUGAUAACAAAUUAGUAUGAAAUUUUUUUAGUACCAGUUUAUUUAAUUUCUACUAUUUUAUGUCGCACUAUACGUAAUUUAUGUAAUAAUGUAAUAUACGUAAUGUAUGUGUAUUUAGCUCAGAAAUCACGUCGCCAUUUGGGUUUGUCGAAUAUUAUAUUUCAGAUAGGGAACGUUAUCUGAAACAUAAUAUUUGUUAUGCACCCUUAAGUCACGUAAUGUUAAAACUAGGUACUAUAUACAUGUAUUUAUUAAAACCAACAUUUUGAACGAUAUAUUAAAAGUGGCUCUGCAAAAAAAGCUCUUAUAAUAUGUAAAAUAAAAAAAAGGUUUUAGACAUCGGUAAUCGGUAUAUAUAUAUUUUUUUGUAUAUGAAUGUUAUUGUUAACUAUGUUAAUUGAGAAAAUUCAAGUUAUUUGGAUUUUGUAAAGUGCAAUUGUAUUCAUUUGUUGACAAUGUGGUAAUUAGGUAUAUUCUAGUAUUAAGUAAUGUUUCUUUUCUCUCUUGUAAUGUUUGUUAGUCCCUGUAUGAAGUACAAAUAAAUAUUUUUAAGCAUUUUUAUGUUAUUUCU